GGUAGGGCAGAUCAGGCAAUGUGCACCUGAUGACCGGGUUCACCAAAGCCAGUUAAAGAAAGUCUUUGCAGGAGCAGAGUGAGAAUGAGAAAGCUUUGGGACUGCGUGGGCCAGGUUGGAGUUGGAGGUGCAUACCAGGCACCCUUGUUUUAUCUCAAUAGGGAGUUCUUCAAGCUGUUCAAGUGAUUGACAUUUUCAAGUCUGUUAGUCACCUUUGAGGACAGUGACAGGAAGGGGAAGUUACUAGGAAACAUUGCACCCCCAUGAAUUGGUAGCUCAUUGUGCAGGGCCACUCCCCCACUCCAGUCCAAAGGUGAGGACAUGUCCUUCUUUCAGAGCUCAGCCCCUCCCCUCAUGGCUCUCCCUUACUGGGGCCCGCAGGUUCCAGCCAAGGAAAGACCUGUGCAGGGUAGGUAACUCUGAGUCCCAAACCGGUUUUCCUACCUUUCUUAGGGCUGGCAUAUUACCUCUGGUAAUUUCCCAACCCCUAACAUACCCCAGCCACCAAGUUCUCCCUACACUGGAAUGUAAGGGGGUGGGGGAUGUCCAAGUCAUCCAUUGUGCCUUGUUUGACCUGGGUGUGGUUCUUUCCAAAAAGACUGGCCAUAAAUGUUUGGGCCUUUUGUGUUUCUGACACUAGGAGAUUAUCUCCAAGCCUUGAAAAUUAGUUGUUCAUGGUUUUUUUUUUUUUUUAAUGCAAGUUUUGUUUAUAUUGGUACUGAGGUAGGGAUGCACUCACAGCCAAUAGCAACCUAGGCAAGAGCCUCACGCUGAGCCAUAAUACUUCCCCCUUGAAAGUUUUGAAACAAAGUCAAGCAAAGGACUUGGGAUUCCAUUUGGCAUCCAUCCCUUUCUCUAAUUGGAACUUUGGAGGAGGAGGAGACCAGAAGGUCUGGGCCUGCUGUGGAGUAUGUUGGAGUGUGCAGUGACCUUUCUCUAGAUGCCCCUGGACAGUCCAGGUCCUUCAUCUCAAGUACCAAGGCAAAUAAAUCACUUUGAUCUGUCUCCUGCCACUAAGAAGCUCUUUUACUGGUCCCAGUAUUUAACACAAGCUGAUGCUAAUAGGGCCCCUUUUUUUUUUGUGCUAGGUGUCAAACACUCAGAUGCCCUUAUGAGGUAACAAAACCCACGACAAAUAGGCAGAGAAGUUCAGUAAUGUGCCCAAAGCCACAUCAUUAGCCUGUUGGAAGCAAACUUUCUCUCCAGGCAGUAUUAGUACUUUGUAUUCCUUCAUUAAGGAGGGACCUAUGUUCCUAACCCUCCUGGUUGCAGAAAUCAGUUUUCAGUUCAUUAUAGAGUAGCUCUUCAGAGGAAGAUGAUGGGAUUGAUGGUGUCUGUUGAAGCUCCUGCUUUCAUAUAUACAGCUGACUUCUUAUUUCCAAUCCCCAUACAAUUACAGGCUGCUUAUACUUUUUUCCCAUUUUGUAAAUUUCUUCCCAAGUACACCGUUGGGACAAGUAGAUGAAAACAGUUUCUGUUUUACAAAGGAGGAAAUAGGGUAAAGGGAUUAAAUGACCUUGCCCAAGAAAGUGGCCUUGAACUGCUCUCCCUGGGAAUCCGGGUUACAUAUUAAAUGUCCCGGUAGGAUACAUUGCUGGGGUGAGGAAAUGGCAGUGACCCUAGGUCUACAGAGCUUUGGGGAGGGGGCUAGUGAGGAAGGACUAUUAAACAGCUUCGGGGCAGGAGAGAUGAUUUAGUGGUUAAGAUCACCGACUGUGCUUCCAGAGGACCCGGGUUUGGUCCCCAGCACCUCUAUGGUGGCUCACAACAUCUGUAACUCCAGUUCCAGGGGAUACAACACCUGUCCGGCAGGACUCAAGAACACACGUGGUACAUAGAUACACAUACAGGUGAAACAUUCAAACACAAAUAAAAAUAAAGCAAUUAUUCAAAAAUAGACAACUUGUCACGCAGAGUCCGUAGGUAUCCGAUUAGCAGAGCGCCCCUCCCCCUCCCCUGGCGCUGACGUGUGGAGAUGCUUCCUUUAGGACUGACCAUUAAAUGGCAAAGAAGGGGAAUGGCUUCUGGGGACGUAGUUGGUUUCGACAAAACCCAGAAUGGGUCAGUGGUUGGUCAGCAAGUGAUGUGGGCAAACAGGUGAUGCCUUCUUGGGGAGAAAGGAAGUUAAGUACCGAUAACUGCCCUUUCAAAGCUGGGGCCCCGGAGAAGGUAAUAUGGAAAAACUACAACUCCCAGAAGUCUCUGUUUCCAGGCAAGUAGCGACAGUUGCUAUGGUUUCGGAAAACAAUAUGGCUGCUCCCAGAUGGGAUUUGAGUCUGCCGAGUAGGGAAGUAAACGUUGAUCUGAGUGGCGAAAGGAGGCACUUGAAGGGUCCUGGGGCUGGCGUUGGGCUCUGUGGGGAACGGUGAGGCCUUGCGCAGGAGCCAAUGGCAAGCGGCGUGGAUGAGGAGGCUCUGCACCAGCUGUACCUGUGGGUAGACAACAUCCCUCUGUCCCGACCCAAGAGAAACCUCUCCCGGGACUUCAGUGACGGAGUCCUGGUUGCAGAGCUGAUCAAGUUUUACUUCCCCAAGAUGGUGGAGAUGCACAAUUAUGUCCCUGCCAACUCUCUCCAGCAGAAGCUCAGCAACUGGGGUACCCUGAACAGAAAGGUGCUGAACAAGCUGAACUUCUCGGUGCCCGACGACGUGAUGCGGAAGAUUGCGCAGUGUUCCCCCGGUGUCGUGGAGCUGGUGCUCAUUCCGCUGAGGCAGCGCCUGGAGGAGCGGCAGAGGCGCCAGAAGCUGGCUGCUGGCUCCUUACAGGAGCUGGCUCCUCAGGAUGGCAGUGGCUACAUGGAUAUGGGUUUGUCCCAGAAGACUCGAGGAGACGGUGCCCCAGCCCUGGGAGGAGGAGAGCAGUCCAGAGGGGGCCGGCCGCUGGCGCCUCGACCCCCUGGGUAUAACCAGGCGCUGCAGGGCGAUCCGAGCUUCGUCGUUCAGAUCGCUGAAAAGGAGCAGGAGCUGUUGGCCUCUCAAGAGACAGUGCAGGUCCUGCAGAUGAAGGUGAAGCGUCUGGAACACCUGCUCCAACUCAAGAACGUGCGCAUCGAUGACCUCUCCCGGAGGCUCCAGCAGGCCGAGCGCAAGCAGCGGUGAGCGGUGCCUGGGCUGCGCGGGGCUUCCCAGUACCCGCCGGAGCCCAGACGCCGCGACCUCCCCACUCAGCUGCCUGCGGACGCAGGACUGGGAGGGCAGAGCGAGCUGCUCACUGGCGCCCCCUGCAGCUGCGGCGCCCAGCUGCGGAGGGUUCGGGCGAAUGUGGGGGUGCUCGAAGCCGAGGCCUGGGAUUGAUCCUCCUCCUUACACUCCAUCCGGGCUAGGAGAAAAGACCACUUUCCACAGCCCAGAAAACCUGUACGGACACACAGCAUGACCUCCCAAACGGUGUCCACUUUGAAGCUCCCGGCGCUGGGCCUGGAGAGGCGGUCCUCUGGUUCGCUCCUUCUCAGCUCGGCGGAUAGCCUCAUCUCCAUCCGUGCUAGUUCUCCACGGCCUCGGACACGCGAGAAGCUAUCCCCGGAAGCUAAGGGAUUCUCUUGCCCCUCCUGGGUGUUUACAUGGGACCCAUCUCAGGGCUGGAGACCACAGCAGCUGGAGAGGAAGGGAUAAGGGGCUGAAGGAAGAAGCCAGGAGUAAGAGAGGCAUGCAGCUGCGCAAUAGCCCUCCUCUCUCACAGGGCGAUGUAAGGAGUGCCUGGGGAAGUCAGGGCAGAGUUGUCUCUAUUAAAGGUAGUGUUGUGUGUUC